AUGCAACUUGGAUAUAAUGAAAUAAUGAUUGUCUCGAAGUAUUUUGAAGAUAUUAAUGAUUUUAUUAAUUUAGAAAUGGGAGUUAAAAGAUUUCAAGGAAAUAUGGAACGAUUUCAUUUUAAUCCAAUUCCAUUGAAUCAAUAUUCCAGAAAAUUGUUUCCUAAUAUUGAAACAUUUCAUAUUUAUAAUGAAGAAGAUAAAAUAUUUAAAGAAGGAAGAAUAUUUAAAUAUGUAAUAUGGUAUGAUGUGAGUUAUUCAAAAUAUUUAGAAGAGAAAGAAGAAAUGAAUGAAUAUAAAAAUAUUGAAUAUACAAAAUAUGAUAGAAAGAAAUAUGGAAAUACAAUACCAAUAGAAGUUAAUUCACUUGGAAUUAAUUGUUUUUAUGAAUGUACAUCAUUACAAACAAUUAAUAUACCAACAAGUGUAAUUGAAAUAGGAGAUUGGUGUUUUUAUAAAUGUUCAUCAUUAAUAUCAAUUAAUAUACCAUCAUCAAUUACGUCAUUUGGA